AGUCAUUUAGUAGCAAUAUUGGAAUCUCGUCGCGCGUAGACCAGCGCAUUGUUCUAAAAGAAAUAUUUAAAAAAAACAUAUUUCCUUAACAUUUUGUUGAGCAGCGCCUGCAAAUAUCUGAACGUUGUUCGAAAUGGUCAACGAGCUAAAUAAACCUCAAGACAAUGCUGCAUUGAGCGAGAUUCUGGCUGCAUCCAACCGUCAGCUAGAGGAAAUGCACGAGGAACGUCGACAGCUGCAGCAAGAAUUAACUCUUUUAAGUGCGCAGCGAACACAAUUGAGGAUGGCGACCAGAGAGCAUCAUUCACAGAUCGUUGAAACCACAGAGACAUCGGUAGAGGGCAGUUCUGAGUCACAGUCCACACAUUCUAGAGACAGCGCUGGUACAGUGCAAGCAAAUGUCGUAGCCGAUGAGCAAGCCAGUGAAGGCGAGGGCAUUGAGGACAAAGAAGAAACGGCCAGUUAUCUCCAGGAGAAGCUAGCGGAAAUUGAGAAUUUAAAGGCGCAAUUCAAACGUGUACAGCAAAUGACGGACACCACAAAGCGCAUUGAGCAGCACAUGUCCACCAUGGAGUCAUCUUCCUCUUCGACUGUGAAGCAGAGUAGACAAACUAUGAGGGCGGAAAGUGUUCAAUCCAGUAGCAGCACCAGCACUAGCACCAGUAGUAAGGCAUUGUCAUCGGAGACGGCAGUAUCGGCAGCGCCCACAGCCGAAAGUUCUCCAGACAACGCGGAAUUGCUCAACGCGAUGAUCAAUAUGGUUACGGAUUUCACCAGUGAUUUGCGUGGUCAAGAGGAGAGCUUGAAAGCGGAACGCCUUCGGAUUAAAACCUUAAAGGAGGAAAUUAUACAACGCAAACAGGGCAAAUAGAUUAAUACUAUUAAAGAAAUGAAUUGCUUGCUGAUUUACUUAUAUAUAUAUAUAUGAAAUUAAAAUAUAUCAAAUUGAAA